UUCCUCCCCAUUGCAUCAUAUUGUCACCUACCGGUAACCGGCUUAUAGUGCAGCCCACACAAGGGCUCGGAGGAACGGAAGCGAAACAGAGAAGCUCGGGCUGGUUACACAAUGUCUCAGCAGGUGCCUGAGACCAUUAACUUCCCUUCAGAGGAGGAAAAGAUUCUGGAACUGUGGAAAUCGCUGGACUGUUUCCAAGAAUGCAUCAAGCAGUCAAAGAAUCGACCCAGAUACACUUUCUAUGAUGGACCACCCUUUGCAACAGGCCUCCCUCACUAUGGACAUAUACUUGCCGGUACAAUUAAGGAUAUUGUUACAAGAUUCGCUCACCAGAGUGGAUUCUAUGUAGAGAGGCGGUUUGGCUGGGACUGCCACGGUUUACCUGUGGAAUAUGAGAUUGAUAAGACACUUGGAAUUAAGGGACCUGAAGAUGUAGCUCGAAUGGGAAUCGCUGAGUAUAACAAACAGUGCCGUGGGAUUGUUAUGAGAUACUCACAGGAAUGGGAGACUAGUGUGACAAGGCUAGGUCGUUGGAUUGAUUUCAAGAACGACUACAAGACCCUAUAUCCGUGGUUCAUGGAAACGGUCUGGUGGGUCUUUAAACAGCUGUAUGACAAAGGACUUGUGUACCGAGGUGUUAAGGUGAUGCCAUUCUCCACUGCGUGCAACACUCCACUGUCCAACUUUGAGGCCAAUCAGAACUACAAAGAUGUCCAGGAUCCUUCAGUCAUUGUCACCUUCCCACUAGUCGAGGAGCCAAAUGUAUCACUUGUAGCUUGGACUACUACCCCAUGGACACUGCCUAGCAACUUAGCAUUGUGUGUUAAUCCUGAGCUGAUCUACAUUAAACUGAAAGAUAAGUCCAAUGGGAAUAUGUACAUACUGAUGGAAGCCCGGCUGUCUUCCUUGUACAAAGGUGAAAAUGAAUAUGACAUUUUGGAAAGAUUUCCUGGAAAGGCUCUGAAAGGAAAGCAGUACAAGCCAUUGUUUGAAUACUUUAAAAAGGCUGCAGAUAGAGGGGCCUUUACAGUUCUGACAGAUAAUUAUGUAAAGUCUGAAGAAGGCACAGGGGUUGUACACCAGUCUCCAUACUUUGGAGCUGAUGAUUACAGGGUCUGUAUGGACUUUAAUAUCAUACAGAAGGAUUCUGUGCCAGUGUGUCCUGUUGAUGCGUCUGGCUGUUUCACACAGGAAGUGACUGACUUUGCAGGACAAUAUGUCAAGGAUGCAGAUAAGAACAUUAUAAAGUUACUAAAGGAGCGUGGGCGCCUUGUGCAUAGCAGUACAUACAAGCACAACUACCCAUUCUGCUGGAGAUCAGAAACUCCUCUCAUUUACAAAGCUGUCCCGAGCUGGUUUGUAAGAGUUGAGCACAUGGUUGAAAAAUUGCUUCAAAACAACAGUCAGUGCUACUGGGUACCUGAAUUUGUGAGGGAGAAGAGGUUUGGUAAUUGGUUGAAGGAUGCAAGAGACUGGGCUAUAUCCAGGAACCGGUACUGGGGGACACCCAUUCCAUUGUGGGUUAGCGAGGACUAUGAAGAGGUUGUCUGUGUGGGCUCUAUAGCCGAGUUAGAAGAGCUGAGUGGCGUGAAAGUGACAGAUUUACAUCGGGAAAGUGUGGACUGUAUCACUAUCCCCUCACGGCGUGGGAAGAGCCCACUGCGACGUGUUAAUGAAGUCUUUGACUGCUGGUUUGAGAGUGGCAGCAUGCCCUAUGCCCAGGUACACUACCCUUUUGAGAACAGAAGGGAGUUUGAAGACAGUUUUCCUGCUGACUUUAUUGCUGAGGGAAUUGACCAAACUAGAGGAUGGUUCUACACACUUCUGGUGCUUUCCACAGCUCUGUUUGGCCAGCCACCAUUCAAGAAUGUCAUAGUGAAUGGUCUGGUCCUGGCCAGCGAUGGUCAGAAAAUGAGCAAAAGCAAAAAAAAUUACCCAGACCCAAUGAACGUAAUCCAUAAUUAUGGAGCAGAUGCACUCCGACUGUACCUUAUUAAUUCCCCUGUGGUAAGAGCAGAAAACCUACGUUUUAAAGAAGAGGGUGUCCGAGAUGUGUUGAAAGAUGUUUUCCUGCCGUGGUACAAUGCCUACCGCUUUCUAAUGCAAAAUAUUUACAGGCUGCACAAGGAAGAGAAUAUCCAGUUCCUGUUUAAUGAGAACACUGCAAAGCCAAGCAGCAACAUCAUGGACAAAUGGAUUAUUUCCUUCACUCAAUCACUCAUCCAGUUUUUCAAGUCUGAAAUGUCAGGAUACAAAUUGUACACUGUGGUUCCUCGACUUGUAAAGUUUGUAGACAUGCUCACAAACUGGUAUGUGAGGAUGAAUCGCAGAAGGUUAAAGGGUGAGAACGGCACAGAAGACUGUAUGAUGGCAUUGGAGACAUUGUUCAGCAUUCUAUUCUCCAUGUGCAGGUUAAUGGCCCCCUUCACCCCAUUCAUCACCGAAAUGAUGUAUCAAAAGCUAAGGCUACUGAUUGAUCCAACCUCAAUGCAAGAUAAGGACACGCAGAGCAUUCAUUACCUCAUGCUACCUGCAGGCAGAGAGAACUUGAUUGACAAGAAGAUUGAGAGUGCUGUGUCCCGCAUGCAGUCAGUCAUUGAGCUUGGGCGAGUGAUUCGUGACCGGAAGAUCCUACCAGUCAAGUAUCCAUUGAAAGAAGUGAUUGUCAUCCACCAGGACCCAGAAGCCCUAUCAGAUAUAAAGUCCUUGGAGAAGUACAUUGUGGAGGAGCUGAAUGUAAGGCAAGUAACCGUGUCCACCAACAAGGACAAAUAUGGGAUCCGUUUAAGGGCGGAACCAGACCACAUGGUACUUGGAAAACGUCUGAAAGGGGCUUUUAAAUCUGUCAUGUCUGCUAUCAAGGAACUUAAAAGUGAUCAGCUGGAAGAGUUCCAGAAAACAGGCACAAUACUAGUGGAAGGGCAGGAGCUUCAUGAAGAGGACCUCCGCUUACUAUACACCUUUGAUCAGGUGGCAGGAGGUGAUGCACAGUUUGAAGCUCAUUCUGAUGCCCAGGUAUUGGUUCUACUGGAUGUUACACCAGACCAAUCUAUGGUGGAUGAAGGUGUUGCAAGAGAAGUGAUUAACCGCAUCCAGAAACUAAGGAAAAAGGGAAAUUUAGUUCCCACUGAUGACAUCACCAUCUACUACCAGUCGCAGCCCAAAGGAGAUUACUUGCAGUCUGUAAUUGAGAGGCACACAGACUUCAUUUUAGCCACUGUCAAGUCUCCUCUUAAACCUUACCCAGUGCCAGCCUCAUCUGUAGUUAUUAUUAAGGAAACGACCCAGUUGAAAGGCUCAGAUCUGGAAAUAACACUAGUGAAAGGAUCAUCGGAGGCUGCAGAAGAGGCAUCUGGACCAGCAUGCACCUUUGUCAAUCUACAGAUAGCUGUUAAUGGUACAGAACAAAGGGGCUUUCUUCUGUUGGAGAACCCAAAAGGGGAUGCCAUAGCUAGCCUUCGUGAGUUAAAAAAUGCUGUCUGUGGGAUAUUCAAACUGCAGACUACCCAGCUGACCAUUUAUAAUGGGAAUAAAGAGCUGCUCGAUGUCAACCUGCAGAGCUUGAAUGGGAAGACUCUAUAUGUUACAUCUGGAUCUCCCUUAGAUCUGUCUAAACUAGGAAGCCCAGUUGUCUGCCAGUAUGUGAACCUAAGCCUUCUGGACACGGAUAAGCAAGGGACACUGCUUUUAGAAAAUCCCGUUGGCCAGAAUGGUCUGACUUACACAGGGCUUCUCCAUGAAGUAGCUAAAGUUUUUGGGCUCAGGAGCCGACGGUUCAGACUGUUCUUUGAUAGAGCACUGAAUGAAGAAUUAUCACAAGGUGUUGCUCUGCCAAGCCUUAAUACGAAGACCCUUUAUGUCAACGUCUUACCGACGACAGCAGAGUGCUAGCAAGCUCCUUCUACCAGAUGUCACAACUGCACACACGGAUCAAAGUGAAGUCAUCAACAGACUUUGAUUGUACUGAAUUCACCCUGGGGUUACAAUAGCCCUUUCUGCAUUUGUUGUGCUGUCACCCUUUUAGUGCCCUUACAAUUCUUUGUCCAAGGAAAAGUUGAAUAACCACAUGUGUAUCUAUUUCAAUGCACCUGUUUUAAAUAUCGAUCUGUGAUAAGAGAUAGCUGAUGCCUAUUAAUAAUGUGGAGAAGUGUAUUUAUUAACCAAGGUGUUUUCUCCAUCUUCCAGGCAAAAUCUGUUGACUGCCAUUGCUUUGUUUUUUGGAUUUGAGGCAUUAUCUAGCAUGUGAAUGGGGAUACAUCUGAUAUUAAACUUUUUCAUGAAA